GUUUCCAACUGGAGGUUUUAAUUUGAAAACUCCUCCUGUUCUUAAGCCGUUGGUCCUGGGGUGUCUGCUUCAGCCCCUCCCUCCGGGUCAGGUCCCUGCCAGGAUGGAGGCCCCAGCUCCAACUCCUCCUUCCCGAAGUUUGGCCCACUCCUCCAUGUUCCGCUUUUUCCGUAGCCUGUUGGGGAGCAAGGGCAGUCCAAAGAGCUCUGACAAGCUCUUGGGGGGUCAGGAGUGCCCUUCACAAGAGCAGGACGCCGUCUCCCUGAUAGCAGAUCCCCAGGGACAAGGCCAGAGGAAGGAGCCCUGGCUGUCCAGCCUCUCUGUGGCCCUGCCGCGGCGCCGGCCCCCCACGCCCAUGAAGGUCCUGAGGGUCCCGGCCCAGGGCGUAGAGGUGAAGUCAGUCUUGCCGGGAGAGAGCCAACAGGUGUUGGGCAACCUGUCUGAGGAGGAGCGGGAAGAGGCGGAGAAAGAGGGAAGAAAAGAGGAGGAGCAGGAUGGAGAGAGAGACGAGGAUGAGGAGACAGCGGGGGAGGUCUCUGGGGAUGUGGGGGCUCCAGACAGGGUCCACUUGACCCAAGCCCAGGAAGUAAAGCGAGGAUGCCUGGAGGGAGCCAUGGGACCGUGGGAGCACAGCCCUGAGGCCUUCACUGCUGAAGAAGAGGAGGAGCAUCUGCUUGAAGGAGACUUCAGGCUGGCCUCGUUGGACAUGGAGACCACUCCCUGGAGAUGCCUGCUCACCUUGUACAAGCAGCUUCAGAAAUCGACCAUGGCCAAGUUUCCCUUCGAGGAAAGCCUGCCCCAAGAGGAGGAAGGGGAAGAAGAGGAAAUGGAGGAAGAUGACAGCUCACUCAAGCUCUGCGCCCCCGACACUGACUCUGUGCCCCAGUCACCACUGUGCACGACUUCUAGGUUGACAGAUCCACUAGGUUUCAUGGAGUCGGAGUUAAAGAAGUUUCUGGUUGUACAGCGGGCGCCCCACCUUUGGAAGAUGGGUGACCACAAAGACCAGGAGAUGCUGACCCUGUCAGAGAUGACCCAGGAGGAGGGACACCGAGCUGAGGGGGAUGGAAGCUGCCUCCCAGUCUUUGGGGAAUGCUGGGGGCCUGAGGGAGAGGUGCUGAUGCAGCCAGUACGCCACCCUCUGCUGGAAGGAAGAUUGCAGAACCCUCUUAGUGUGGUGUCUGGGACAGAGCACCUGCUCCUGGAGGAGAUGGAAGAGCUGGGGAGCUGGGCUGCAGAGUGAAGCUGAUACUGGUGGGAGUCUGCCAGCCACACGGGGAGCUCCUCCCCGCCUCGGGCACAUCAGGGAGCGCUUGUGGCCAAGGGGUUUGGGGACAGUGUCCACACGUCUGCAGGGUGGGCCUGUCCAGUAGACUGUCCUCUCCCAUCAGACUCGGAUCUAUCAUAUUAUGAAUAAAAUCCUGUUUGA